GGCAUUAUCGAGGCGGGCUGUCAGGGCAGCAGUCCGGGAGGAGAAGCAGCCACACCAGCCCUCCUAAUCUCCGGCGCGGUCCUAUGCAAGCGUGCUGAAGGGCCCCAGCCCUGCACCCAGGCAUCCGGUACCAGCCCCUCGUGCCUCUCAACGCCAGCAGAAGCACGAUACUGCUGCUCCACCCGCCCAAACUACUAUGGGUCAGCUGGUAGAAAACCUGCUGUUCAUCAUGCAAGCAGUCAGCACCAUGCUGCCAGCUGACCAUCCGCUCCGGGCCAUCUGCCUGCAGGCAGUGGCAUGUCAACAGCAACACAAUCACCAUGGCUAGUCGCCCAGCUAAACGUCGGCCGCGCAUCCUGCAAUGGAACGUGCGCUCGCUGCGCCGGCGACACUUCGAACUGUCCGAACACCUACUGCUGCACGAAUACGACUUGCUCGCGUUGCAAGACACAUACACGCGCGACGGGGAGUGCAACCUUCCGGGAUUCGUGGGAUACCACAGUGCGACCACCUGCGAGUCACGGACUUGCGCCAACGUGCAGUGCUGUGAUCCGCUCCAUCACGCCGUCUACGUCUAACGCUUGGCGAUCACGGUGUUGCAGCCGGCUUCAUUCGCUCUGAAGGCCUCGGUACGUUCCACCGCAAGACGAAACUGAAGGAUGACCCAUUGGCGGCAGCUGGGCGUGUGAGAGUCGAUCUCGGCUUCAGCGGUACACCAAUACUUUGCAUCAGAUUGUGCGGUCCAUGCCCAUUACUGAGUGGCAGGCUGGAAACAGCACCUGUCGAUGCCAGCUCGCUCUUCGUCUAGUCAGCGAAUGUCAGUGAAGCGGAAGGGCAUGACGGCCAGGACUCUCGUACACAGGCUCUUCGCAGUGACGGCGACUGGCUCAUGAGCGGAGCGUCCACGCGGUCACCUGAGAACUGCUUUCAUCAAGAGGUAGGACACCGCAAUGAAGUGCUCCAGCGUAGCCUUGGGCCUCGCCGCAGCACAGCUUGUGGCUGGCUUGGGCCUGACCGUGCUUCCCAUCCACACCAUGCUCAAGCUGCCGUCGCUAGCCACAAGGGACUGUCCACUCUGGGCUGCUGGACCGUUGCUGUGCGCAGGCAUCAUUGGCAUCAUCGCCGUGUACAGCAACACAAACUACAAGAGCCAGAACAACCGGAAGCCCAUCUUCAUACUCAAGUGUGUCCCAGGCCGCCAGGCCAACGCUACCCUUGGGGCUUGCGACCCAUUUGCAACAACGGGCGCCAACGGUCCGGUUGCAACAACGGGUGUCAGCACUGAGGUUCCAACACGCCCCACUGGAAAGAUAGUGAGCUUCGCACUGAGCAGCCUCGGCGGCGUGCUGUGCCUGGUGGCCGCCGCCUUCUUGGUGCUGCACGUGCUGCUGUACAUCGACCGGUACGCGCAGUGCCGCGACGACCCGAUGCGCCGGCAGUGCCUGUGCGCUCUCGACGGAGGGGCCGCGCGCUUCUACCGAUACGACAGGGUCACCUGCCUGCAGGUCCACAGCACCGUCAAGGGCUUAUUCUACACGAUGGCCGCAGUGUCACUGCUUGGCGGUGUGUGCAGCCUGUGGCACCUGACCCUGCUGUGGAGCAGCCGCUACGUGUACUUUAAUGCGGGUCUGCGUUGCACUCUGGUGGACCCGCCGCCAGGAGGCCUCGAACAGUACUCGGCGGCCGAAGCUGAGCAGAGCGAUGGGCCGCCGCGACGGCUACCGCAGUUGAUAGCGUCGCCGCCGUGACCUUCACUGCAGGCCUGGGUGCCCUUGGUGGUCGAAUCGCGCUGUCGCGGCAUAGGAAAUCUGCCACAAAUCACCGAACGGCGUCAGGGCAGUGUAGAGGCACGUCAAUUGGAAUGUAGAUUUACUGUUCAGAUCAAACUGACGUGCGUCAGUUUGAUCUCUUCCCAGUAGGUGUCCGUGAUGUGACACUUUCAACAUGUGCAGCAGCAAGGUUCCGCGAGCAUUACGGCCACCAGUUUGCGUUGUGCACUGUAGUCCUGCUGAAUGUACUUUGUGUCUGUGUUUUA